AUGUAUGUGAAAUGGUUUGAUACAGGAAUGUUUUACUAUGUGAUUUUAGUGAAUGUCACUUUUUGUCAUUUUCAAAUUUCCUGUCGUUCCGUCCCCCGUAUGUCCCGACGUCGCAGGGGAUGGAACCCAGAUGACAGAUGCUGGCAUCCACCUGAGGACAUUACAGGGGACACUGCAGGAGGGACAUCGCGGGAGCGCAGGACAAGGUAAGAGAAGAGAUCCCCGGAGCAGCGCCGCAUGGUAAGCCCGAGUGUAGCUCGGGGGUUACCGCUUGUGCUACACUCGGGAAUACCGCCAGGGAGGUUA